AUGCUUCAGGAAACCGGAGGUCCAGUGCCUCCCAACACGGAUCAUGCUGUCAGCGCAUCACUCCCCACCUGGGAGUCAAAUGUGGCAUAUGAGGAAGGGGAGCUGGUAAAUACGAUGAGAUGCGGUUACCCCCGAUUCUUCGUCCACCCGAUCAUUCAGGAACUUGUUGGAGAAAUCAUAUCUCGCUUCGCGGACCCGGACAUAGAGACAGCGACUUUAUUCCCUUCACCGAGCACCGCGCGAAUGUGUCAAUCGUUCAUGUCGUCGAGGAUAUCACCUGAAGAAGCACAUAAGAUCCGUGUCAUGGACUUGGCUCCCACUCAGCGUUUGGAAAGCGAACUCACUACCAUUAAAUCGCUCCUUUCAUGUGUGAUCUACCCAAAAGAAUAUGCAAAUAUCGCGAAACAGGUGUGGCAACAUUCUGGCGAUGGCGUAUCAAGCCGACGAGGAGAGUUCUGCCUUGGUGCUUUGAAAGACGGUCUUCUUGUGGAGAAAAAAAAGGAUACAGCAGAUUCCGCAUCGCGAAUGAUCUCCAAGGGCCCGCGGAGAUAUCAGGGGCGCGGUUCAACAAAUGGGAUGGGCAAAGUUGCACCACAUGGUCUAGCUUCGGCCAACGAACCAUUGGAAGGACGCGAAUCAGUCCAGUUCAUCGAAGAGCGUUUUGGGCGGAAUUUAAGUACUUCACUGGCCAAUCAAGCAAAAAUUGCUGUACGCAGGCGGAUAGCAGGCGUCUUAACCGCAGAUGUUGAGCUGAGCGAGGCGUUGGAGAAAACCUCAGAACAAGGGAGAAUAACAGGGCUCUUAGAGUCAGAUGUUUUUCUUUUUCCGACCGGCAUGAGUUCAAUCUUUAAUUCACAUCGGUUGUUGCUCAAAGCUAAAGGUUCUAUGAAAAGUAUCUGUUUUGGGUUUCCUUACAUUGAUACAUUGAAAAUCCUCGAGAAAUGGGGCCCUGGCUGUGUCUUUUAUGGGAACGGCUCUUCUGAGGACCUAGAUGAUUUGGAGUCUCGGUUAGUCGGCGGGGAGAGAUUCCUGGCUCUCUUCACCGAAUUUCCCGGUAACCCCCUUCUCAAGGCUCCUGAUCUCAAGCGAAUUCGAAUUCUCGCCGACGCGUAUGAUUUUGCCGUGGUCGUUGACGAAACAGUGGGGAAUUUUCUCAAUAUUAAUGUGCUCUCUCAUGCAGAUAUUGUGGUUAGUAGUCUGACCAAAAUUUUCAGCGGAGACAGCAAUGUCAUGGGGGGAAGUGCAGUGCUGAACCCCCACGGACGGUACUAUCAGUCAUUAAAAAACGCAUUCAGCCAGGAGUAUGAAGACAAUUUAUGGGUAGAGGAUGUCGUGUUCCUCGAAAGAAACAGCCGUGACUUCAUCUCCCGCAUCGAAAAGAUCAACCAUACAAGUGAGGAGAUCACAGCAAUGCUCAAAGAAUCCCCACUUGUCAAAAAUGUGUACUAUCCUAAAUACAAUCCUUCAUUACCUUUGUAUGAGGCAUUCCGCACUCCGAACGGCGGCUAUGGGGGUCUUUUCUCGGUCACUUUCCACUCAACCGCAGAGGCAGUUGCAUUUUUUGACAACCUGGAAGUUUUCAAGGGCCCUAGCCUUGGGACUAACUUUACUUUGAGGUGA